UGGAUGUCGCGUCGACAGUUCGUACGCGGAUACUAUGACGUAUCCCAUCGAAAUACAUAAACCUUUACCGCUUUAACGCUUUACCAGCCUCGGCAUUUAUUAAAAAUUAAGUUACCACAAGUUCGCGGUGUUUGUUUUGAUUCUGAAGACGAUACGAGAGACCUACUGUGCUACACGAUGAUGUCGUCGUCCUCCUUUUUUUUCUACUCGUUGACGUACUUUUUGUUCUCGAGCUGCAUCAUUUGUCCGCCCACCGAGUUCAUAUCCGCUGGUCUGACGAUCAAACACUUGUUUUCUGAUUUUCUCGGCAGCGAGAAUGAACGUUUCAUACAGUACCACAUCAAGCGCAGCAUCGCCACUCUGCUGGUCCACUCGCUUCUGCCGUUCGGAUACGUGUUGGGAUUGAUUUUAACUGGGCACAUUGGUGCUGCUGAGAUUGUACUAGGCCAUGCAAAUCCAUGUUGGCUGGUGCUUUCUGCUUGUGCUCUUAUUGGGCCAAUAUACGCUUUGUUCAAAGUAUUGCAGUGGUCGAAAAACAACUGGUCAACUCAUCCCAUAGCUGAAAGUUUGGCAGUUUAUUGCAAUAACAAUUCAUCGUGGUUGUCUGUUGCUUCGGAUAUAAAUAUAGAGUUCAGGAGGAUAGACAAGAUUACCAUAGAUACGAAUAGCAUAACAAAGAUUGUAGCCACCGACAACUGGAUAAUUAAAGUGACUUCGUACAAGUGCUACUUUGCGCACCAAAGCGAUACAGCUCUGAUAGUAAAUAAAAGUGACACUCAUGCUCUAUCACCAGACAGACGGGGAGGAGUGCAAUAUGUUAACAUAGAGGUAACUCCUACAAGACCUGGUGCUAGGUCUUUUGACAUUAGAUUGAAUGCAUUGGAUUUCAAGGACUUGCAAGAUAGAGUGACGCGACCAAUCGUGGUUUUGGACAGUGUCGUCUUUCAUCGAACUUUAUUGGAUAGAUUUAUAGAUACAUUUAAGGAUCAAGUAGGUAAAAAUCGAGAGUUUGAAACUGCUCAGGAGUUGGAACAGUGCGUUGGAUGUAUGCAAGUUACGUCAAAUGUGAAACUCAACAAACUCUGUAACGAGUCCACGUCACCUGAUGCCUGUGUUAACUGUUAUUGUCGACCCAUGUGGUGUAUAGACUGUAUGGCAAAAUGGUUUGCUUCCAGACAAGACGAAAUGGCGCCAGAAACUUGGAUGUCUUCCAAGUGCACGUGUCCCGUGUGUCGUGCAAAGUUUUGUAUGCUAGACGUGAGUUUUAUAAAGCCGUUGGAAAAUAAUGACUCUUGAUUGAUUUUUAAUACUUUUAUUUUGUAAAUAUACUUUUAUUUG